AUGUUGCCCUACCCGUCUGUUCUUCGCUUUCGCUUAGCUGAGUGUGGUUGUGUUGUGUUUUCAGACGUCGUUACACAUCGAAAACAGCUGGAUGACACCAUCGACAUCGACGGCUUGACGCUGGAUCGUCUGAUUGAUAAUAUAGAGAACUAUCCCGGAGAUGGAGUGCAACGUCCUGUCUCUCCCUAUAGUUUCUCCUUCAGUCGAUUGCGUAAAGGUAGAUUGUGA